CUUUUAGGCAAUAAGUGUCUCAAGUGUACCAAGUUAAACAGCUUUACAGUGGGCAGUUUAUAUUUUCUAAGCAAGUUAUCCGACUGUGAGAAGCUGUUGCGGGGAGGUUCGUCUGUUGCUGAAAGUUUUAACUGUGUUAUGCUAAAACGUCCCUGUCAUUAUUUUAAUACAACAGGAAAGUGUCGUUUUGGUAAACAUUGUAAAUUUGUGCACGAUAUAGAUAUUUCACUAAACAAAACCCUGCAGAAAACAAGUCAGGAUGAAUCAGUAAAUAGUGAAAAACCUGCCAGCGAAGAGAGUUAUCAACUUACGUCUAAAUUUGAACCAGAUAAUCCAAACAGCAACGAUGGAAUAUUAAAUAAAAAGGAAGAGAAAUUUGAAGUUAGCCUUUGCAAAUUUUAUGCAAAGACUCGUUUCUGUAGAUAUGGAAAUAGAUGCAAGUAUAAGCAUGUACUCCCAAGGAAGGAUGAUUGCCGUCUGAAGGAUGAAUCACAAUCAGAAGUAGAUCAAAAUGAUGAAAUUAAGAAUGAAAAUCAACAAGAUAAAGUGCAAAAUGAAGGAAAGAUAGAGGUAGACAAUAAGCAAGAGAAGAAAGCAGAGGUCAGCAAAAAGCAUUGCAAGUUUUAUAAGAAAGGCUAUUGUAGAUAUGGUAUAAGAUGCACAUUUUAUCAUGCAGACAAACAAAAAGAAAGAAUUGUUUCCAAACAACAUCAACCUCCAGCUGAUUCUUCAAAAACGUCGGAGAAUGUGACAGCAAACAUAGAUCAGAGACAGGAAGAAUCUGGCUGGAGACAAAUCAGUAGACCACCUAAAAUAAUCAAUGUUUUCACAAGAGAAGAUGUUGACGCAAAGAAGCAGGCAGAAUUAAGAGAUACUGAAAUAAAGCAACUGAAACGUCGAUUCCCACCAGAAAAUCUUGAAAUAGUCUCAGAUACUGAAGAAUGUGCCAAUUUUAUCUUCACUUUCUUUCCCACAGAUCCUGAUUGGCCUUUCGAUGUGAAAUCAUUUAAAAUUCAAGUUGAGAUUGGUCCAGAUUACCCAUUUAAGCUGUUUACUAUCAGUGUGUCUCUAGACCAAGAUCUCCCAGCUACUGUUCAAAGGUAUAUUGAAGUGUCACUUAGAGAAUGGGUUGAAAAGAAAGAGGAAGAGAUGAAGAGAAAGAAUAUUGUGGAGCUUUUGUUUCGACCAUUCUUACGCUGGAUGGAUAGAAACAUGGAAACUAUUGUAACAGAAGGCCUAAAACAGCUUCGGAGAGAAUUGGCAGCUAAAGCUGCGGGACUUCAGUUUAUUUCAGCUAAAGAACUUCGCAAGGACUCGAAUCACCAAGCUUCCAGUGAACCAGAUGACUCAUCUGAUGUUUCUGAAAAAGAUUCUAGAAGACCUGUCGCCUAUCGCAAGAGUGAUUAUGUACCAGAGGUAUACAAGACACCUUCGGCUACGAGCGAUGGUAGUGCUGAUGAUGAUACUGAUGAUGAUAGCAAUGAUGAUGAGGAUGGUAUUGAUGAUAGCGAUGAAACAGCUGGAGAUGAUAAAGUUCAUCAGAGACCUAAAAUCGAUGUCGACACCGAGCGAAGCGGAACUGAAAUAUCUUUCAGGAACAUGCAGAUCUGGUAUUGUACAACGAUUAUGGUUGAGAAGCUCCGGUUAACAGUUCAGUGUGACAGAUGUAAAAACCGGACCGAUUUUGUAACUCCACCGAAUCGUGUCAAUUCUGUUGCCUGCAGUAAAUGUAACAACUCCCAGCUGGUUGUAUUCAGACCUGUUCUUACUCAUGCUUACUCUAGCACGUUCGGCUACCUAGAUUUAGAUGGUUGUACAGCUUUUGAUGUAAUUCUUCAGGAUUGUCAUUUCUCGCUGGGAUGUGUGUCAUGUAGCAGGGAUAUUCUUGUUAAGUCAUGUACAGCAGGGCGUGUAAUGGAGGUGUAUUGUCGUGGAUGUCAUACGAAGAUGAAAUUUGCUGCAGAUUCAGUCAAACUGACUGUAUUAACCAGUGAUGGCGUAGAUAAAGCCAAGUUUUCUGGGAAAGUUCAUACAGUCGGGGUUAAGAAGAAUCAAAGAGUUUUAAAAGAUCCAGCAAUACAAGAAGGUAAACCACUUCCAAACAAUGGAGCUUGCAAACAUUACAAGAAAAGCUUUAGGUGGCUGAGAUUCCCAUGUUGUGGUAAAACAUACCCAUGUGACAUUUGUCAUGAUGAUAAAGAAGAUCAUGAAAUGAAGUUUGCUAACAGGAUGAUCUGUGGUUUCUGUUGUAAAGAACAGCCUUUUGGUGCGGAGAAGCCAUGCUCGAGCUGUAGUAGUGCUCUAACCAAAGUUCGAACCUCUCACUGGGAAGGUGGUCGUGGAUGUAGAGAUAAAAUCUCCAUGAGCAGGGGAGAUGGCAAGAAGUAUGUCAACCUGAACAAGACUGUGUCCAAUAAAUCCAAGGAGAAAAAUAACGGCAAGAAAAACACAAAACUCAGACAUACAUAGAGGAUAGGACAUUUAUUGUAAAGCAAAAAUAAAAGUUUUGGACUUUAAAAACAGUUUAAUAAUAAACUUCAUAUGUUAUGUAAAUAGAAAAUAAAAUUAUAAUUAGAUUUUGAGCUUUAUUGAUGUGUACCCUAUAAUUAAAUCAGAAAAUAAAGAUUUAAUAGUGUAUAUCUUUUUCAGAGAUUUUGUUGAUAUACAAAUUAAUUUUGUGUUUGAGAUUUGUCUUCUUUUCUUUGGUUAUGUUAUAAUUUAAAUUAAUUGAGUCAGUGUUAAUACACAGUUUUGCUUUUUACUUUCUUUAACAUCAAUUCUAUUUCAAAGCAGGAGAUAGUUUUACUUUUAGGCUAUUUGGGGAAAAAUAUUGACAUAAUUGGAUAAUUUUUAAAAACAUAAUCAAAUAUGUAUUUAAUAUACAAGUUGUAUUUUCACUUUUUGCAAGACUGUUUUAUUUGCAUGAUAUUAAUGCAGUUAUUGUUUGUGUUAUGCUGAUGUGACAUUUUGCUUACUCUUAAAGACUAAUAGUAACAUCGUAUGUCAUUUAACAUUAUGUUGUAUAUUUUCUGUAAAAGUAAAUCAGUUAUUAUUAUAAACGUAAUAGUAAAUUAUUUGGAACCAGUAGCAUUCACAAUCUUUGUCAAUGUAUUUAAUAAAACUUACAUAAGAUAA